AUGCUUAACUUGGUCACUUUCGCAUCUAUCCUCGCAUACAGCACAGCUGGUCUGCUACCAACUGCAAUUCCAGGCGAUACAUACCUUCCACCUGGAUCAGCAGCUCAGAGCGCCACCUACCUUCCACCUGGAUCAUCAGCUCAAAGCGCCACCUACCUUCCACCUGGUAAUGGGAAUACGAGGGCACAGCAGGCGGUGGAGAGAAAUGCAGCUGUUCUGAGAUUGGAUCAGGAAAUUGGUGAAGAAGGUUUUCGCUACGCCUACGAAACAUCCAACAACAUACAAGCUGAAGAGGCGGGCGACAGCACUCAAACACGAGGCGGUUUCUCCUACAAAGGCGAUGAUGGCAAGACCUACUCCAUCACGUUCACAGCUGGAGAGGGCGGGUACCAGCCCCAGGGUGACCAUCUGCCAGUACCACCACCUACUCCGCAAGAGAUUCUUUUGGCUCUAGAACAGAACGCCCGUGAUGAAGCUGCAGGCAUAUUUGAUGAUGGCCAAUACCAUGCCGAAGCGUCUGGAAACGAUGGAUCUGCAAGCUUCGGCUCAGCUAAUAAACAAGGCAGUUUUAACUCAAAUUCUGGUUACUCUUAUUAA